UUGUGCUUAAAAUUGUAAACGGCAACACUAACUGUCAAGUUAGUGUUGCCGUUUACGAUUUCAUUUAAUGUUUUUCAGAGAAAUCUGAAGUUCUCCUGAAGAUAAAUAAUUGAAAUAACCUCGUUUAAAAAGUUUAUAAUUACUUUAAAUGAAAAUAUAUGACCAAAUUUCAUAGUUUGUGUAAAUGAAAUGGCUCUAGAUAAUGAAGACGAGUUUACAGAUUUCAAAUUGCCACCGAUAUUCGAAGAUUUAAACGAACGUGUGAAAGAAUAUAUUUUAAAACCUGAAAGACUCUCUAUACACAAAUGGGAGAGAUCACAGACUCACUGGCACCGAAAGACUGAUAUAGAUUCCUUAUUUAAAAUAGACGAUGAUGAUUUUGGUCCAGACUCCACACUAGAGGUUGUGAGAGAUCCUAUAACAGGUGAAAUCACUGGCUUGGAUGAAAUAAGUAUACCUGUCGAAGAUGAUGAGGACAGUUUGUCUAUGUCUCGGGCACCAUUGCCCCCGAGCCUUGCUACCAGAGGUGCUACUACUCAGAGUCCAUUUUUACCAGCUGGAUUUGAAGAGGAACUUCAACAUAUGCUGAAAGAAUCUGCAAAUUUUGUAGAUAUUAAUAUUGAUCUGGGCAAUGAUGUGUCUGGCAAGUUUUUAGGCGAAGAUUUGUUAACUAUACCACCAGGCAGCAAGGAAGGUGUCCUAUUUGGUGAGGAUGGUGUCACAGUGCUGAACCAACCCAACAAUGAAGCAGCUGAAAAAAUUGAAAAGUCUGAAGUUAUUGAUAUGCAAGUAAAAAUAAAUUUGGAAGAAGUAGUGGAUAAUAAUGCACAUUUAGUAGGUCUCUGGAAAGAUGAUGAUGAACCACAAAUUCAAAAACAAAAGCCUGCAAAUAAAAUUCAAAUCGAACCUUCAGAGGAAGAUGAUAAUUUCCUAGAAAGUACAGUGAUUAAACCACCUGUAGAAUUACCAGAAAUACCAGUCCUCACCAUCACAGGCAGCGCUGUGAAGACUGGAGUUACAUGCACACAAUGGGCUGAAAUGAUAGAUGUAUCCUUACCUGUUCCAGAAUUUAAUGAGAAAUUAAAAGAUAUGGCGCACACAUAUCCAUUUGAAUUGGAUAACUUUCAAAAACAGGCUAUUUUAAAAUUAGAAGAAGGCCACCAUGUAUUUGUUGCUGCACACACCUCUGCUGGAAAAACUGUGGUUGCAGAAUAUGCUAUAGCAAUGUCAAGAAGAAAUUGCACUAGAGCAAUCUAUACAUCGCCUAUCAAAGCACUGUCUAACCAGAAAUACAAUGACUUCAACAAGUUGUUUGGCGAAGUGGGCCUGUUGACUGGCGACUUGCAGAUUAACGCCACAGCACCCUGCCUCGUCAUGACCACGGAGAUCUUGCGAUCUAUGUUGUAUUGCGGCUCUGACGUCACUAGGGACCUCGAGUUUGUGAUAUUUGAUGAGGUUCAUUACAUCAAUAAUACAGAGCGAGGCUACGUGUGGGAGGAGGUACUGAUACUGCUGCCGGCGCACGUAAGCAUCGUGAUGCUGAGCGCCACUGUGCCCAACACUCUACAGUUUGCAGACUGGGUGGGUCGUACCAAAAAACGAAAAGUGUAUGUUGUCUCCACACCUAAGCGACCUGUACCACUCUGCCAUUACCUGUAUACAGGUUCAAAUGGCAAAACGAAAAAUGAAAGGUUCCUUGUACUGGACCACGAUGGACAAUUCCAACUGCGUGGCUACAACGAGGCGGUUGCAGCAAAGAAAGCUAGGGAGAGUGACAAUAAAAAGAGCUUCGGUCCUAAAGGUGGCAAACAGUACUCAAAUCCCAAAGCAGAUCAAACAAUGUGGGUUGCCUUUAUAGAUCAUUUAAGGCAGAAAGACAAACUUCCUGUUGUGGCAUUCACACUUUCUCGAAAUAGAUGUGACCAGAAUGCAGAAAAUUUAAUGUCAGUGGAUUUGACAACAGCUAAGGAGAAGGGCCACAUCCGUUCAUUCUUCUUGAGGUGUUUACAAAGACUGAAAGAACCGGAUAGAGUACUACCUCAAGUUAAAAGGUUACAAACCGUUCUCGAAAAUGGUAUUGGUGUCCAUCACAGCGGCAUUCUGCCAUUGUUAAAGGAAAUUGUCGAGAUGCUGUUCCAAUCUGGCUAUGUAAAAAUCCUAUUUGCGACAGAAACGUUUGCAAUGGGCGUGAACAUGCCGGCUCGAACUGUAGUUUUCGAUGAGAGCACUAAAUUUGAUGGAGUGCAGCGGCGGACGCUACUGCCGGCUGAGUACAUACAGAUGGCUGGGCGAGCUGGCCGUAGAGGUCUGGAUGAUACGGGUACUGUGAUAAUACUGUGUAAAGACGGCGUACCAGACCUAAUGACGCUUAAAGGCAUGAUGAUGGGUAUCCCAGAGAAACUCACAUCACAAUUCAGGCUUACGUACGCAAUGAUCCUCAGUUUACUACGAGUAGCCACAGUAUCCGUAGAAGGCAUGAUGCAACGCUCGUUUCGUGAGAUCAACCAAAUUGUACAAUCGGAUAACUACAAAAAGCAGUUGUUACUAGCCGAGAAGGAAUAUUCAGAGAAGUGUAGUACACCGCUGGCUUCGCACCUCGCUCCUCUCGCAACGUUCUACGAUAAUGCUACCAAGUAUAUCGACAUAUUGAAUAAUAUCAUGCCUGUUUUAUUAAGUCAGCCUAAAGUGACCAAAGAAAUAGUACCUGGCAGGAUAUUUAUAAUUUCAGCUGGACCGUACAUUAAUCAAUUGGGUGUUUAUUUAAGUAGCAAUGGUCCCCGUCAGACCCCGUACAAAGUGCUAGUGCUAGACACAGCCGAACAGGAUACCACCAGAUACAACUUCGAUAUUGACGAAAACUGGUUCAGGUUACUCGGCUUCUCUGCUAUUUACGACACCACGGGAACGGAAGAAAGCACUCUGAACCACACAAUAUUAUGCAUUGGACCAAAGAACAUUGUGGCUAUUACCAAAACAACUAUAAAAAUUGAUGUUAAUCUUGUUAUACAAGACUGGGAAAAACGGCAAAUUCCACGAUUCAAGGACGCUCCUGUAGGGUCCAGCUGUGCCAACGUAGUACAAGAGCUAUCCAGGCUUUCGCACGCAAUUCGAACGGGAGCGAGUAACUUUGAAUACAUCAAUCUGAAACAGUCACUACCUGUUACUUCUGGAGAAUUACUACAUCUUCUGGACGAUAUGUCCAAGUAUGAGGAAAUAUUGAAAACACAAAAGAAACACACAGAUAUAGCAAAUUUCAAAAGCGAAUUGGCAAUUGUGUACGAGCGUAAGCAGACAGAACGUAAACGAGACAAGUACAAACGUCUACUGUCGUUCGAAAACCUCGCCCUGUACCCGGACUACCAGCGGCGGCUGCUCGUGCUGCGUGAGCUGAAGUACAUUGAUGAACAUGACAGUGUUAUGUUGAAAGGUCGUGUGGCAUGCGGGAUGGGUACCAACGAACUUAUAAUAUCGGAGCUGGUGUUCCGCAACGUGUUUACGAACAAAAGUCCGGCGGAGAUCGCGGCGCUGCUCAGCGCCUUCGUGUUCCAGGCGCGCACGCAAAUAGAGCCUGUACUGACAGAGAAGCUCGCAGAGGGGCGCAAGGCUAUUGAAGAAAUAGAUGAUGAUCUUAUGAAAAUUGAAGCAAACUAUAUGGUGAACCAGUUCGAAGGUCAGCCAGAACGAUUGAACUUUGGUUUAGUUAGAGUAGUGUACGAGUGGGCCCUAGAGAAACCCUUUGCAGAAAUAAUGGAUCUCACAGAUGUCCAAGAGGGUAUCAUCGUCAGAUGUAUACAACAACUGCAUGAGCUGCUAAUAGACGUAAAAGACGCCGCUGUGGCUAUUGGCGACCCGAAAUUACAAGCUAAGAUGAUGGAAGCGUCCACUGCUAUUAAGAGAGACAUCGUAUUUGCAGCCAGUCUCUACACUACACAGAAAGAAACUGUUACUGUUUGAACUAAACAUUUAAAAUUUUAUUAACAGAUAAUGAAAAAACCAUAUUCAGUGAAAUUUUAAAACGAUGUAUUGCAUAAAUUAUAUAUUAUUGUACAUGUAUUAUAUAUUACACUAUUAUAUUGGCAUUAAAAAGUUUUACAAAAGAACUAUGUCAAAUUUAAUUUAAGAAAUGUAUAAUGAAACUUAUGCUUAGUCACUGUCCUACUAGCAAAUUUGUGUACCAAAGUGUUAGUAAGGCAAUGGGCUGGUUUUUACUUUAAAUAUUGAAAAUUUUGUCCUGAUCUCUUGUGCGAUAUUUUUAAUUAAAAUAUUG